GAUGACUCAAUCUGUUGCUGUGUUCAAAUCAAUGAGAGUUAACAAACAUUUCAUCAGUGAAGUAUUAUAUUAAGAGCGUAAAUAUACGCAUAUUCUUGGCCGGAGUGAUAUCUAAGUUUUUCUUCCACCCAAGAUGGUGUACACAUGAAAGUGAAAUUCUAUUAAGGGUACUUACAUGUAAAUAGCGAUCGAUAAACAGAUUUCCUAACAAGAGUGCUAAACCUACAGCUCACGUGCGCACGCCCGCACACCUAUACAACAAGAUUCAGUGAUUACCAGCUAGCGUUCGGUCAUCAAUGAAUAAACUCGAAAACCAGACCUUGGCGUCCCUCACGGACAGCGCAGACGGACGCAAAUGGUGGGCCAACUUCGAGUUCUAUCCGGAAGCGGUCGGUGAGCGGAAGGCUGCUUUCCGAGGUUACAUGUACAGCGGGGACAAUUACUUCACACAAACUGACUGUGUGGUCAAAUUCAGCGAUCCCGCCGUAACCGAGGAGGAUUUAGUGAGACACGUGGAAGGAAUCAGAGAAGUUCGUCGGCUAGCCGAAUUGUUCAACGCAACGCAAAAUUGCGUAAAAGUUAUUGUCCUAUUGCCUUGUGUUGCGGUAAUGGAUAAAGUUGCGCCGUUUUACAACCGCGUUUUCCGGUUUCUGCACAAGAAUUACAGUCGUGUGAUUGCGGACGAUGAUUGCGUUCUUCUUGAAGAGCGAGUUCCGGAACAGUUCACUUCCUUCGUCGACCCCGACGGGCAUUCGAGCGACGUCUGUCCGCAGAGUUUACACCAGUUUGCGCAUUUCUGCUUCAACGAAACCAAAGGGCAGCUGGCAGUGACAAAUAUACAGGGUAUCAUGAAGGACAAUAAGCUCGUGCUUUCCUCCCCUGUCGUGCAUUCCGUGACACAGAAGUACGGACCCCGCGACAGGGGGAUGCAAGGAAUUGCCAUUUUUUUCAAGAACUUUUCCAAAACAUGUUGCGAAGAUUGCAAAAAGAAUCUGUCUUUUGUGAACGCGUCGUAUCCUAGCGCCCCGCCUAUCGUUAGCAACAAUACUGAUCACAUGACAACUGAAAAAACAGCAGCCGACUUCAUGUUGAUGUUUGAAGACAGUUCGAGGCCCGCCGUCCCUCCCAGUUAUUCGGAUAUUGGGGGUAAGGAGAGCCCCCCGCCUCCAUACGACAAUACUUGCUUUUCAGCGCUACCAAACAACCAGGGCCUGCAUUUGUUCGGUUCAAAAAAUUCCUACAUAAACAAUAAAAUUCAAACUGUUUGACAGACAUGUUCAGUUUUUCAAAUGUUCCGUAUGCAUAAGGUGCUCGAAAGAGAUGGAUCUCAAUGUUUAAAUAGUUUUACUUUCAGAACUAUUUGAUAAUCAAAAUGGAUCUCAAUAUGUAAGUAGUGUUACUUUUCAGAACUAUUUGAUAAUCAAAAAUGUACUCGCUGGCAGGUAAAAGUCUUCUAAUGUGUUCUUAUGCGAUGGUCAAUUAUGAAAGAAACAAGGGGGGGGGGGACUGAAAAUCAAAUUCAAAAAGGUUCUUGAAUCUAUAAUCUGACAAUAAUUGCCGACAACAGAGGCAAAUAGUAGCGUUAGAAUGUGUUAAUUAAAUGCAAUUUAGCAAGAACUUAGAACUGGAAACUUUUUUUCUUGCAUUCGUUUUGUUCAUAUUUAUAUGCAUGUACUUAUAUCCUGUGAUCACUAUUUACAGUAACAUAGUUUACGUGAAGUUGGAUAUCAAAUCUCAGUUGUUUAGAUCUGAAUUAGUUUAUCAUGUUGUGUUUCUCAAAGUUUAUAAUACAUGUAUUUUGAUAUAGAUGCUGUGUUUUAUUAUUAUGCAUGUACAUAUCUUUCUCCACAUUCAAUUGUUAUUCUCACUCAAAAUUACAUGUAUGUUUCUGUUAUGCGUCAGUCUUAAUUAAUAAAAAAAUUAUUUGUAGAGGCCAGUGCAAUUGUAAUUAAAAAUAAAAUUCAUAUUUUAUAAAUCAAAAUGUUUUUAUAUAUUAAAAAUUGUAUUUCUACAAUUUCUGUUCAAGAGAGGUUAAAUAUUGUUUGUGACACCUGUAGAUGUGUUCCGCUGUGAAUAAAAAUUUGAGGAUAUCAAAAAA